AUGACUCAAAUAAUAGUACUUGGUGCAGGAGUUGUUGGAUUAACGACAGCAAUAGAAUUAAAAAAAUGGAAUCCUAAUUUAAAUAUAACAAUAGUUGCACAACAUUUCCCAGGAGAUUUUGAUAAUCAAUUUUAUACAUCACCUUACGCUGGAGCUAAUUGGCAAUCAUUUGCAAGUAAUGAAGAUAUAAAUUUACAAAAUUUAGAUAAACCAUCAUAUAAAAAAUUUAUACAGUUAGCUAAAAAUGAUCCUGAAAGAUCUGGAAUAUGGAUUAAAGAUAAUAUUACAUAUUAUACAAAUUAUAAAAUAAGUGAAACAAAAGGGAAUAUGUCAGAAUUUAUACCUUGGUAUAGAAAUUUUGUUGAAGAUUUUAAAAUAAUAGAUGAAGACAAAAUUAAAUUUAAAGAUAUUGGAUUUGGAACAUCUUUCAAAGGAGUUGUUAUAUCAGUACCUAUAUAUUUAAAUUAUCUUAUACAACAAAAUAAAGAAUUAGGUAAUAAAUUUAAAAAGGCUAAGAUAGAUAAUAUAGAUGAAUUGAAAAAUUUUAAUGGGAUAAAAACAGAUUAUGUUAUAAAUUCAGCUGGAUUACAAGCAACAAAAAUAAAGGGAAUUACUGAUAAAAAACUAACGUUUCCAGUAAAAGGUCAAACAUUAUUAGUGAAAAACAAUACAAAAUCAGUUUUAGCAGUUGAAGGAUUUCCAGGCACAUCAGAUGAAAUGUUAUAUAUAAUGCCAAGAAAAGAAGGUGGUUCAAUAAUUGGAGGAUGUUUUAAACCAGGAGAUAAUUCAUCAAAAAUAGAUGAAGAAUUAACAUCAAGAUUAAUUAGAAGAGCUAUAAAUUAUUCACCAGAAAUAAUUGAUCCUAAAUAUAAAAAUAAUCCUUCAAAAAUUGAAAUUAUAAAAACCAAUAUUGGUUUUAGACCUUUUAGAGAAGAUGGUGUAAGAAUAGAAAAAGAUCCAAAAUAUAAUUGGUUAAUUCAUAAUUAUGGAGCAGGUGGUGGUGGAUAUCAAGGAAGUUUUGGAUUUGCUCAAAAAGUUGUUGAUAUUUUGAAAAAUGAACUUAGUAAAUCAAAAUCAAAAUCAAAAUUAUAA